AUGGCGCAUCAGCGAGGGGACUUCUAUGUUGUAGGUGACUGGGCUGGCAUAGUGCUCGAUACCGUAUGCCCUGUGAUGACCAAUUCCAUGUUGCUGCAGCCCAGCUUGGAGGAAGAAGAAGAGCAAGAAAGCAACGAUCGACCUGAGAGCACGGUGGAGCCACACGAGGAGGGGCAAGGUGCUUCGCAGCCACUUCCCGACCGGAACGAGAUAACCUCUGCAACGCCUUUGCCCUCACCAAUGUUCGAUGUGCCAUCCACACCCAUGGCAACGCCAAUGGUGGAAGUGGAGUCGCCGGUUCAACGGGCUCGACCUUCACCAAAGCUGUCGCCAAGUCUCCCGUCAUUGAUGCCUGAAGUACGCACAGAACGCGCCGAUUUUCAAUUGCCUUCGUCCGUGGCAGUCCGCCGAGACUUUUGGGGCGAGAUGGACGCGGCCACGGCCGCAAACGAGAUUGGAAGUGGCUAUGUGGAGAAGCCAGAAGGUAGCACGACGACUUCCGCAGGCCUGAUCUCAUCGAGAGGACCAGGCCGUCUCUGGACAAACUCGCUUACGGACACCGCUGAUACCUCCGCGACCAGCGAGCUCCAUCGGCUCCUGCGAAAUCCAGACUUCCAGGACUUCCACGAGCUGCUGUUGGCAGGUCUCGGGCUUGCGGGAAAAGGCAGCGAAUCACGCCGCGAGUCGCCGGAGUCGCCUUUCUGGAGACGAUGCCGGCUCUUAUGGCAGAGUUUGCGGCCAGCGCCACUUAAACCGGAGUCUCUGACGGAGUCUGUUCAGCCGUCACCAUGUGAUCCGCUCCGACCACCUAACUGGGCACGCUAUGCAGCCGGAUCAGAUCAGAUCCGACUGAGAUCCAGUGCCGAGACGCGUCGGGAAGUGUACAACUUCUGUGCGCAGCCAUUCUGGGGAAGGUUGCUGAGGCCGGCCAGGCCCAAAGGAAGCGUUGCAGUCCCCAACCAGGUCCGCUUGGCUGCCACUGGGACGCACUGGUCGGGAAGGUCUGCGCCGACCGUGGCCGAAUUGUCCCUGCGUGGUGACCAGCCCUUCGUUCUUUACGAGUAUGUUGAGGAGUUUCCUCCACUGUUGCUGAACGUGGGAAUGAGCCACCGUGUGGGAUCCUAUUACAUGCCACACUCCAUUCGGAGCUACGACGGACAAGCUUUGGGCCCUUUGGCUUGCCUUCACCCCGUGGCCGUACAAGAUGGCACUUUGCCAGGAAUGUCUGCACGUCUGAAUCCGGGCCAAGGCAUGUCGAUCAUGGAUUCCCUGCUGCAGAAAGCACCGCUUUUUCGUCACAGUCUUGACAAGAAGUUUCUGCUGGUGCAGAGCCGGGGCCUCUCUGCAUGGGAGCUGUCUUUGCGAAGCCUGGAGACCUGCUGCUUGGUAGGGCAAAUCGAGCCGAAGAAGCAGGUUCCCAGCCCUUGGAGCAAGGACUUUGCCUUGCUCAACAACGAGUGCAUCCGCCACAUGUACCUGGAGGCCAAGCGGAAGUGGCAAAGGGAGUCUUCCGGAGAUGUUGCCGAGGACGUUGAGAAGACGCUGUUCGAUGAGAUCGCCGAGAGUGUGUUUCAGUGGUGGCCCGAGGCGAAAUCUGCGCGGGCCGAGCUCAAGGGAGUGGCGCAACAGGGGAUCCAAGGAGGCCAAGGAGGUGUCCAACAGCCAGCCACUUCUCUGUCAGAGCUGGUUUGCUUGUUGGAUGCUGCAAGGCGGGGUCAGGAGCGUUUGCAGCGGCUGGGCAUUGACUUACUGACCGAUGAUAAGAAGGUCCUGAAGGCCUUGCUGGAACUUGAGAAGUUGGAGAAGCACCGGGACAAAUCCGAUAAGGGCGAGUCCGAUUUGGUGUUCUGCGCACGUUGGGUGCUGGAGCAGUUGCAGCUGACCCCGUGGCACCUAACGAUGCGGCUGAAGGAUGAGAAGAACGCCGCCGAGCGUUCUGACAAAUCUCGGAGCCUUGCCGUGGUGGGACCGGGUGAUCCCAGCUCGCGCCUUGAAGGGGUAAGUUUUUUGCCAGUUGGCGGUUCGAAAGAGCUGGCUGAAUGCAUCGAGUUGGCGACUUUGCAGCGACUGUCAGAUGCAGAGCUUCGCAGGAAGUUGCGCGCAAGCUUUCCGGAAGUGAAGUUUCGAUCGCUUGGGCGCUGGGAUCGAAUCUCCCUCUUGUGCCGAUCCCUGGGUGAUGCUGAGACGACUGGGGUCACAGUGACUGGAUGGAGUGGCGUCAGCUUAGUGCCCAGGGAGCAGAAGCCCUCCAAGGAUGUGAAGCAGAAGCAUGCCAGCCUGCUGCAAGAGGCCUUUGAGCGCCAGGCGGCUGCGCUGUCUGAAUCCGUUCAGGACAUGUCGGAGGGAGAGACAGAGCAGCAAGAGGCAGAGCAAGAGUUGCUCGAUGAGCAAGACUGGCUUGAAGCUUUGGCGGAGGGCCCAAGUGCCCCCAGUGCGGUCAUGGCGGGUGCUGCCUCGGCCCCUGCGUUUGAGAAAACUCGCAGCUCCCGAGCCGACAGCGACCAAGCAGAGCUCCAGAAGAUGCGGCAAAGGCUCGGCAUCAGCCAGCCUGAGCCCAAAGCACCGCCGGCCGCGCCAGCCGCCCCGCCCACACCCGCCUUACGUGAGCGUGAGGCGACUCAGGUUUCCCAGGACAAGCCAGAGGAAGCGGCUGCGCCUCAGCCCGAGCCCCACGAUGUCGAGCCAGAGCGGUCCAGCGUUAAGGUCUUGAAGGUCGUUUCGUUGCACAGAAGUGCACGGGGCUUCAAGGAGAAAGUGAUGUACGUGGUCGGUCAGGAGAACAUUCAGCUCUACAGGGAGCUUCACGCCCAGGAAGCCCCCCGAAUGCUUUCAACGCAGGAGCUCCGGGCAGGCUCCAAGCAGAAGACGCGGACCUUGUCAGGUGUGUCGGAUGAGAACGGCAGCGAUGGCGACUCCGGCGACGGUCGAAGUAAACCAGGACCGCGAUCUAGUCUAUCUGCUGGCAAAGCACAAUCGCGCGACUCGGAGCAAAGGGAAAGCAAGCGUCGGAAGACAAGCAUCUCUGGAGCACCGAGUGAUGUGCCCCACUCUGCUUCUGAAAGAUCGGAUUCGCUUUUGUCUUCACAGGCAUUGGAUCCCCAAUCGGAUCGAGUGAAGAAGCGCUUGCGCCUUGCUUAG